AUGGAGACCGUCCUCGAUGGACAUUCAAACAUCACAUCUGAGUCUCCCGUCAAUACCAGCCUCCACCUGCUGGGGGUGCCGUACCUGAAGAGAAUGGCGCACCUGGACGAGUCACUGUACAAGGAGUUCUACGUGCUGUGGAUCAUGAUGAUGGUGGUGAACACGCUCAUGUUUGUAGUCGGCGUGGUCCUGAACAGCCUGGCUCUGUACGUAUUCUGUCAUCGCAGCCGCUCUAGGACCACGCCGGCCAUUUACACCAUAAACUUAGCAGUGGCUGACCUGCUGGUGGCGCUGUCACUCCCGGCCCGUAUCGCACUUUACCAUAGCGGCGGUGACUGCGUGGCUUGUUUGUACAUGCACACGUUCAGCUACUUCGUGAACAUGUACUGCAGUAUUUUGUUUCUCACGAGCAUCUGCGUGGAUCGCUAUAUGGCGGUGGUGCGUUCAGCGGGAAGCCGUUGGCGGAGCCCCACGGUUGCGAAAAGCGUGAGCGUUUGCAUCUGGCUGUUCGCUAUCGUGGUCACGUACUCCCUUCAGACAUCUGCGCUGGAGUUUAAUGGAGCAUCUUGCUGUCGUGCCACUGUGCUUUUCACCCUCACCGUUCUGGAGUUCGUCCUGCCACUGCUAGUAAUCGUAACGUUUACGAUCUGCGUCGCCUGUGCGCUCGCAGACGGUCGGCUCAUGCCGCAGAGCUUGGGUCGCCGUGCGCGUGCCGUUCGGCUUCUUGUGGCUGUGCUGCUGGUGUUCACCGUGUGCUUCACGCCAUAUCACGUACGCGAGGCCGUGGUGUAUUUCCAGCUAGGAGGCAGCAGAGAGCAGCAUGUGGUGGCGUAUCAUGUGACCAUCACGCUCAGCAGUUUGAACAGCUGUCUGGAUCCUGUGGUUUACUGCUUCGUGCCUGAUAGUUUCCGCUCUGCAUUGCGUAGAGAACAGAAGAAGAGAUUUGGAGAGCAUCCGAUGGCCAUAAAGGGAAACAGGAGCAGCAAAGCUGCAGAAACACCGACGGCUAUUGCGUACAGCGUCGCAACCCUCACGCUCACACCCUCCAUACUGCCGGCCAGAGACAUUCCCGCCUGAAAUAAAACAAUCACAACCAUGGAAAUCUUUAGCAAUUAGAAAUGAGUUUCAUCCUUUAAAGUGCCCCUAUAAUGCAAUUGUCACGGUUCUUAAUAUUGUUUGGGAGUCUCCUACAAUAGCUUUACAUGCAUGCAAGGUCAAAAAGUUUUCUGUUUUCUCAAAAUAUGCAUUUAAUAUCACCAAAUUUUCCCUCAAUUCUACUAGCAGUACUAAGAUUCAGUCACUCUGAAUCCCUCCUUUCCGUAAGCCUUCU